AUGCAAUUCUACCAGUCCAACUACGCCAACUCGUACCAGCCACAAGGUGGAAACAUCAGUGGUAGUGGCUUGGGUGCAAUGGAUAACAGUUUUGGUGCCAACAUUGAUGUAUCUGGAGUAAUGGGCAACGGCGAGUUAACUCCAGGACUUCUCGCUGCUUUCGGCACUGGAGGAUAUCCAGGUGAGCCUCCUCUUUUGGAAGAGCUCGGUAUCAACUUUCAGCAUAUUAAAGAUAAGACACGGGCAGUUUUGAAUCCACUCAAACAUGACAUAGAUCCCGAGAUCAUGAACGACUCGGACUUGGCUGGUCCCAUUCUUUUUGUGUUGCUCUUCGGAACAUUGUUACUUUUAUCUGGGAAAGUGCAGUUUGGCUAUAUAUACGGUGUGGGAGUUUGUGGUACUGUGGGAUUGCAUUACUUGUUCAAGUUCAUGAGCAAUGAUGUUCAGAUCGAUUUGGUGCGGUCAACCUCGGUGAUCGGCUACUGUUUAUUGCCAUUGGUGUUGAUCAGUGUUCUAGGUGUGGUGAUAUCGUUGGAUAAUAUGUUGGGCUAUCUCUUGAGUGCAUUUGCUGUUUUGUGGUGUACUUAUUCAGCUUCUGGAUUCUUCGUGGCCGUGUUGAAGUUGCAUAACGCCAGACCCUUGGUGGCUUAUCCGUUGUGCAUGUUCUACACUGUAUUUGCGUUCAUGGUGAUUUUCGUCGAGAAAGCAGAUGUCAAGGUACAGCAAUCUUAG